AUGAACGUCCUAGAAUUGUUUGGAUUCGAUUUCAGUAACACUCUCACUGAAACUCAAAAACUCACGAAAGAUUAUGAGCGAUCCAAUUUAUUGUUAAUCACUAGAUUAGUAUUGCGCAUAUUUCUGGAUGAAAGUAUGCAUUCGCGACAUCGUAUCAUCAAUACCGAAAUACGCCCACUUACCGAUCUCUUCGUCAUACUUGAGAAAGUUUUGUGGCAUGGUUUUAGAAGUUCAGUUCAGAAGACAAUGAUAGCUCUUCGUGCUCCAGAUUCUGAAUUGUGGAGUUGUCUUGGUAAAGUUGCAAGUGUAAAUGCAGAUAUGAAUGAAAGUUACCAAUGCAUUGACCGUCUUGAUAAGAUCACAACCCCUCUGCUUCGCAUUCGAGCUUUCCUGAGAUUAGCCGUGAUGCAGAAGAAAUUGGGCGUCUACUUCGAGAAUUUGGUCACUUCAAACGUUUUCCGGGACUUCUACGAGCCGUGGGCAUUGAUUCGACAUGACGAAUGCAUUGGUUUAUCUGGAACACUGAUGGCACUUUCAGUUCUUGAUUGUAAUUUGGCACUAGAUCGACCACAACUAGAAAAUCAACCCGUAACCGUUGAGCUGGCGGCUUAUGUACGUUUACCAAACCUAUCGAAUAACCCUAAUAGUGAAAAGGAAUCUGAUAUGGUUGAUGAAAAGUCGCUGGAACUCGCCCUUGAUCAAAAAAAUUAUUUGGAACAACGAAAUAAUUAUUUGGAAUCUAAAGUGGCUGAAUUGAAGACGAAAAUAGAAGAAAUCAAUCUAUCUGGUCCCAAUAAUAUCAGUUUAGCUAGUGCUGCAACGGAAGAUACGCCGAAGAUGUUUAAUGAUCAUAUUGCUGAAGUGGAAAUAUUAAAAAAGGAGAAAGAAGAACUAGCUCAGUUAGCGUCUGAAAAAGAAGAUUCCAUACGAAUUUUACGGCAACAACUAGCAGAUACGAAAAAAGUGAAUGUCGAUUUGUAUGAAAAAAUUCGUAUUGUAGAAGGGAAAUGUCGACAGUUGGAAAAAGAUAUGAUUAGUGCCAAUAAACGACAUAACCAUGAGAAACAGCAGCAACAGCAGGUGAUUGAUGUAUUGAACAAGAAAAAUUCUAUGCGUGAAAUGGAUUUAGAACAGGAAGCUGGGACUUCGGAAAUGUUGAAAAAGGAGCUAGCUGACAAAACUGAUGAAUACAUGCUAACAUUGAGCGUGUUGGAAAAGAAACAGCAAGAAUUGGCUGUUGCGAAUGACCGGCUUGGAAAAUUGCAACGUCAGACUUCAGAGCUGAAUGAAAAGCUGAAACAGUUGCCUGUGAUAAAACAGGAACUCGAAGAGUUGACUGCUAGUUAUAAAUAUAAAAGUGAGAAACUGGAGGAUUGUGAAAAAGCUUUAGAAGAACUUGGUGGUCAUCUAUCGGAGUCAAAAUUAAAAGUAGUUGAAUUGAAAGAAGAACUAUUGCCUCUUUCGGAAGCUGAAUGGGAAAAAGAUGGCAAUGUUUUGAAUUGUAAAGGAUGUAAUUUGCAAUUCAGUAUGAGUAAACGAAAACAUCACUGCAGGAACUGCGGCUCUAUAUUUUGCAAUUCAUGCACCGAUGCGCGUGUCAAGCUGCCUUCUAGCGCGAAGCCAGUGCGAGUUUGUUUGCACUGCUACAACUUAUUGCGUUGGCGACAUAAUUCUUCAUUAGAAGAAAAUUCAUCACUUAAUUCUUUUUAA